AUGCUCACAAUGGCCGGCAACAGGCAAUCCUUGAAUAAAGGGCUUGAACGAAGGGUGCUUGCUAUAGUUCGGAGGUAUAUUGACGAACAUUCAGUUACUGAAGGAAAUAACGGCUCUCUGUAUUUGUCGGUCUCGAAGGUUUACCCAUAUGUUACCACGGACAGGAGUAUGACAAGGCAGAGGAGACGGAAUCUAGAGAAGAUGAUUGAAAAGGCCUUAGCCACAGUACGAGGUGAAGAGGCUAAGGCCGAUGGUCUGGAUAGUGACUUAGGUGAGAUUGAGGAACUGAAUGAAGAGGACCUGAUAGGGCUGAAGCAAUCGAACACGGUUAAUCAGCAAGUAGCUGACAGCACCAUACCUACAUCGCCGGCACCCCAAAAACGAAGGGAACGCUGGCCGGCCAAAGAUGGAGAACCAACAAAACGUCAGAAACAAGACAACUCUCGCGAGCCACCCAAGAACAUCUGCUUGAAGAAUAUUGGCGGCAGAGAAGAGGUCAUCAAUGAUCUUUUAGAGUUCAUCGCCAUGCCUCUAGCCCACCCAGAAGUUAACCUACAUACUGGAGUGCAGCCCCCUUGCGGUGUACUUCUCCAUGGACCACCUGGCUGCGGAAAAACUAUGCUAGCAAAUGCUAUUGCCAGAGAGGUUGGGCUACCAUUUAUUGCUAUUUCCGCACCCUCAAUUGUAUCGGGAGUGUCUGGAGAACCGGAAAAGAUGCUUCGGGAACUUUUUGAGGAAGCUCGGGGAAUAGCCCCUUGCUUAAUGUUUAUGGAUGAAAUAGACGCUAUAACACAGAAGAGGGACAACACCCAGCGGGAUAUGGAGAGAAGAAUUGUUGCCCAGAUGUUGACCUGUAUGGACGAUCUCGCAUUGGAGAAGACUGGUGGGAAACCUGUCAUGAUCAUUGGAGCAACAAACCGACCCGACAGCCUAGAUCCAGCAUUGAGAAGAGCUGGAAGAUUUGAUAAGGAAAUUUACCUUGGUGUGCCAGAUGAAGUUGGAAGAGAGAAGAUCUUGAGGAUACUAUGUGAGAAGUUGAGGUUAAUAGGGGAUUUUGACUUCAAAAAAUUGGCCAAAAAAACUGCCGGGUUCGUUGGAGCUGAUCUAAGUGCUUUGGCCAGAGAGGCCGGCAUGUCAGGGUCUCUAAGCUCGAUUCAAUGUUUCCUUCGCGCACACCCACAUCGACUUACUCGAAAGCAAUUGGAUCCACUCUAUAUAACGUUCCCAGAUUUUUUAACCGGCCUUACGAGGAUUCAACCGUCUUCCAAAAGAGAGGGUUUUGCAACAGUCCCUGAUGUUACCUGGGCGGAUGUUGGGGCCCUGGAGUCACAUAAGGCUGAAUUGCAGAUGGCCAUUGUGCUGCCAAUCAAGAAGCCGGAACUUUUUGCUAGUGUGGGGCUCACUGCGCCGUCCGGAGUACUUCUUUGGGGCCCUCCAGGGUGUGGUAAGACCUUGCUGGCAAAGGCCAUUGCAAAUGAGAGUGGUGCAAAUCUCAUUAGCAUCCGGGGUCCGGAAUUGCUUAACAAGUACAUCGGAGAAUCAGAACGGGCCGUCCGACAGGUUUUCUCGCGAGCCCAAGCUUCCAUUCCUUGUAUUAUCUUUUUUGAUGAAUUGGAUGCUCUAGCUCCUCAUCGUAAUGACAAUCUUUCGGAGUCCUCUUCUCGUGUAGUCAAUACUCUUCUCACUGAAUUAGAUGGCUUCAAUGACCGCAAGGGAAUCUAUAUUAUUGCAGCAACUAAUAGACCCGAUAUGAUUGAUCCGUCAAUACUCAGACCAGGGAGAUUGGAUACACUUUUAUUAGAGAUUUUGAAAACUAUCACAAAAAAGACACCGCUCUCCAACAACGUCGAUUUAAGGGCUAUUGCAGAGCAUAGUAGGUGUAAAAAUUUCAGUGGCGCUGAUCUAGCGGCAUUGGUGAAACGGGCCACGACUCUAGCUCUUCGAGAGUCCUGCUUCAUAGGAGUUGGUGAAGUUGAGGAAGGCAAAAACCAAGUAGUGGUCACAAUGGAGCAUUUCGAAAAGGCAUCCGCAAACAUCAGGCCUUCAGUAUCGGAGGAUCGUAGAGAGCAGUAUCAGGAGUUGGCAACUACAUUUGGUUCGGAGGGGCAGUAG